AUGAGGACCCCAAAUAGUGACAUGAACACAGGUUUACGGAAAGGAAAAUGGAGCCAUGAAGAAGAUCAGAUGCUUGUUGCUUAUAUCAGUAGAUAUGGCAUUUGGAACUGGUCCCAAAUGCCAAGAUUUGCUGGUUUGUCGAGAUCUGGGAAGAGUUGUAGACUACGUUGGAUGAAUUAUCUGAAACCCAACAUAAAGAGAGGAAACUUUUCAAAGGAAGAAGAUGAAAUCAUACUCCAUUCGCAUUCGGUUCUUGGCAAUAAGUGGUCUGCAAUUGCAUCAAAACUUCCUGGAAGGACUGAUAAUGACGUGAAAAACUAUUGGUAUACUCAUCUCAAGAAACGUGUUAGUCAUUACAACAAGAAUCCCGCAACACACGAGCAAAAUGGCGAGAGUGACAUGGACGAAAUGGAACAGCCUGUUAAUCAUUUGAAUAAAUUGAAGUUUGUUAAAAUUUUACUAUCUACCCAUGUGGUUUUUGCAAUUUUAUUGCUUUCAAUGUAG